AUUCUUUUUUCCUUUUAUUUGGUUGUUUGUCUGGUUAUUUAUGCAUUUAAAUUAUAUAUAUAUCUAAUUAUAAGGCAUGAAUUUGUACAUAGUCGACAGUUGGGAGUAAGAAUAGCAUAUGAUACGAAUUUGGUGGACUUUCUAUGAUUACCUAUCCAAUGUGAACUCAUCAUGAAGUGGUACAAAUUUGUCGCAGAGUUGCUUAUUCCUCUCGUUCAGCUGGAGAUUGAAUGAGUAGUGAAUUAAUAAUUUCUGGUUGAGAUACUUGGAAAAAAAAUGUUGAAUGUAAACUCAAUAUGAAGCAAAGAAAUUCUAAAUCUCUCAUGUUAGCCUAUACUUGAUGAUACAUGCUCUUAUGCAAAUUUUGCCACCAACUGCAUACCUUGCUUGUAUAUAUAAAGCUUAGGACACCUAUUCUAGGUUUUUCUCUCUUUUUUAUCUUUUUGUAAAUACUUUUUGGCUGAGUGGUUGUGUUUCUAUUGUUCAAAGUGAAACUUAGUGAGUUGUAGCUGCGGCUUGUGAAAGUAUUGACGUGAAAGGUAAACCUUAGUCAUGAGACCACUACCAUUGAAGGUUGGCAAAGACUUAUGGAUAUGGAACACUACCCCUCCCUAUAAGCAUCGUAAAGUUUGGUGCAACUCUAAGGUUGUGAUAGCUUUGUAUAAUUGUGGUGGCGAGGCAAUGCCAUGAUUUUUCUGCCCUCCCCUCUCACAAAGUGUCUUGCUGGAAAGCUCUCACAAGAGCAAGCAUAAAUGGUAUUCCUGUAAGAGAUGUGGUGCAUGUAAACAUAUUUUUAUUUAGUCCAUAAAGUAGAGGUGAUGCACGAUCAUGUGAACAUUCCAAGUGAUUUUCAAAUUUCAUAGGCUUUGGGAAAGUUAAACUGAUAAAAUUUUUUGGUUCGUUGCUUGACCCUAGAUUGAUUUAAUUCAUGGAUUAUUGUAAGUAGUCAUAUCCUACUAAACAUUUUCUUGCCUCAAUCUGGAGAAGAUACAACUUAAAUUCGUUUUGGUACUAAACCAUUCUUUGCCCAGAAUAUAAAGAAGACACAAGCUAAGUUCCUCUUGGGAGCACAUGUUAUAUUACUUUAGGAAACCAUAGAUAAAGUCUGCUGUCCUACUUGCAAGUGCAUUUGGCCUUCCUGAAGAUUGUUGCUUUUAGAAUAAAUCAUGUAAGACAGAUUGAACUCAAGUUCUAAGCUUCUAUAACUAAGGUCUUUGAGCUUAAAAAUUGUGGUAAUCUUUUCCAUCUCAUAUAAAAUGUAUGUGUAUGAAUGUGCAAUGGAAUCAUGGCGAAGAAAAUUGAAUUCAUCUUAGGGUAAUCUAUGAUUCUAUAUGAAAGGGCUGUUUUGGUUUUGACAGCUCACAUGUAAAGGGUAGUGAGUGAGGAGCAUUUUGGCGUGAAAAGGACAGGGCAGAAACAGUUGCUUUAUAAGAAUGAUGGCUUUCAGACAUAAACAUUGGCCAGGGAUCUAAACUUUCUUGCACAGACUGGUCUGGUUUCAGUGGAGCAUCAAAUGCAAGAAAUAGGUUUGGCACCCAAAAGUUUUGGGGAUGUUAAAAAUGAUAAGAGUAAUUGACAUCCAAAUAAAAAAUAUUUACAAGUGAUACAUGUAUGAUUUCUGAAAAGAGAAACCCCUAAAUGGCUAACUGGCAUCUGCAAGGAGGUAGGAGGAGGAAGGGGAAAGACCAAGCGUCCUUGGUCAAUCAUUGCUUCUGUGCUGAUCUUCAUUUACGAUGGAGCAGUGUCAGUCUUCCUUCUGCUCCUUCUCCUUUGAUUUACUCUUUCUGGACUUUAUGAAGCAGAAACAUGAGCAGCAGGGAAAUUGCAACAAGAGCUUCAUGCCUUAUCUUUUCUGGAUGAUGGCAAUGUUCAGAAUACCAAAAUGUAUAGGGUGUUACAACCCUGUUUUCUCUUUUUAUUUGCUCUUGGAUUCUAUUCUGUCCUUGAAAAGAUGAAGAUGCCUAGCUUUUUUGUCGAGUGAGUGAUGCAUCUUUAUCUUUAUGUUGUAUGUACGUGUCUUCUAAACACUCUAAUGCCUUGUGAAAGAAAAGGUUCUUUUUCAGAAUUCCAGAAAAGAGAGUUACAUUUCAUUAUUUAAAUAAUUUUGCUUAGUUGAUUGGACUAAGCAUAAUGAUCAUAGUAUUGUAUACCAAUAUUUGUUCCUGUAUUUUUUUGGAUAGGUAGUUAUUAACCCUUAAAGGUGCACGAAGGAUGGAAUAACUUUGCCUUGCCGCUCAAAGUAAUGUGAUCUUUAGCAGAGAUGGUUUUCACUUUGUAUCUUCCUUGCCAUCCGUGAAGGGGUAGUUAUUUAUCAUCUUGAUCAUGGCGGAGUGGAAUCCUCAGAAAGUUCUUGAUAAGUAUGUUCAUGACUACAUGAUCAAAAAGAACAUGCAUGAGGCUGCUGAGAUAUUUGUCCAGGAGGAUAACCUUGGUGAACAUGCAGUUGCUAUUGAUUGUCCUGAGGGGUUUUUGAAAGAAUGGUGGUCUUUAUUUUGGGACAUAUACUGUUCUAGGCUUUCACAGGCCAAUGAAGUUGGUGCAGCGGAACCUUCUCCAGAGGAUAUAGUGCCACCAACCGGGAAUGUGCUACAAAAUAUCCCUCCUAUCAUGCCAAGGCCUAUUAUGCUGAGGCCACCAGUGAGUCAACAAACAACUAGGAACAAGCAGCAAAACCCCCUUGCUUCAUUGCCAAGGCCGCAAUUGAUUCAGCAGGCCCUGAAUUCAAUGCAAACAACCUUCCCUCUUCUGUCAAGGCUGGAAAUGAUCCAGCAGCCCGUGAAUGCAAUGCAAACACCCUUUCCUAUGCUGCCAAGGCCGGAAAUGAUCCAUCAGGCCAUGAAUGCAAUGCAAACACCCUUUCCUAUUCUGCCAAGGGCAGAAACAAUUCAGCAGGCCAUGGACGCAAUACAAACAUCCUUUCCCAUACUGCCAAGGCCAGAAAUGAUUCAGCAGGCCAUGAAUGUAAUGCAAGCAACCCGUCCUAUACUGCCAAGGCCAGAAAUCAAUCAACAGGUCAUGAGUGUGAUACCAAUGUCAAAGCUGGAUUUCUCUUCAAAUUUUGCUGUCGGUCGAGGAUUUGGUAUGCACUGUGGAGAAAUGCCAACUUUAUUCUCAAAAAUGUAUGACCAAGAGUAUCUGAAGUGUUCUUUUACAGAUUUAACUGCUAAUUUCCAGCUUCUUGAAGUUGAAAAAAUGACUCAAAUGCUUCCAUCUUCGAGCAACUUCAGCCGACAGCACCAAAUUCCAGAGGAGAUUCAGAGGCAAAAGAUGUUUGAGAAUAUUCAAGCACAGUUUGCCAGAGAUGGUGGACAUGGUUUAAAUCUUGAAACAUCCAAAGAUGCUGUCCCAGUACCUCAAGGAGCACCUCAGGCUGCAGUGCAAGAAAGAGAAGUUUUUGACGCUGGGAAGGGCAAAUCAGUCCAACAGAUUCCUGUUCACGAUCAUCUUUUGAGAGGUGUUGGCUCAUUUUCUCCUGGCAGGAGGCAACCAUACUUAUCAACUGUACCACUGCCAAACCAACAGCAACAAACUCCAGCAUUUGGAGCCCACUAUCAACAAUAUCAUUUAGCUAAACCAGAAGUGCAGAACUCCGGAAGACUGACAUUACCUGUUUCAGGAAGUUUUUGCAAUCUGCCUAGUCGCAUGAUAAUUGAUUUUGACUUGGGGAAGGUUUUACAACUGCCAGGUAAUGCUCAAAUUGGCAGUGGAACGGUAGUACAACAACGGGUUCCUGGGUUACAAAUGGCCAAGGAAACAUUAAUCCCUGAGAAACAGCAAACUCCUGAACUAAAACGGCACAAGUCGAAAGAGAGUGUCAAAAGCAGGAAGAAUUCAUCAAGUGUUCUGCCUGUUCCAAGCAACUUGGAUGGAAGUAAUGCAGAAGGGCAGAACACUAUGGAUGAGGACAUCCAGCUCCACAUUCCAGAUGAGAACGACAAUUGUAAUGACCUGAGUACUGCACUCAGUACCUUUCAGCAAACUUCACCUGCACUGGACAAGAGUGCAUGGAAAGGCUUCUCCUUUGGAGAAUUUGGCAGCCUUCAAUCUCCAAACAACAAGCUCCUGUCCUGUCACUUCACAUCAACGGGAAGGUUGUUGGCUGGUGCAGGAUAUGAGAAGAAGAUCCUCAUAUGGAACAUGGAAACUUUGUCAGUUGAUGUUAUGGAAGGGCAUUCUGACCUCAUCACAGAUAUUCGAUUCAGACCAAAUUCAACAGUUUUUGCGACCUCAUCUUUUGAUAAAUCUCUUCAAAUUUGGGACGCAUCAAAGCCAACAAAUCCUCCAUCUAAGCUUGAUGGUCAUUCUAAACAUGUGAUGUCACUGGAUUUCCAUCCAAGGAUGGGGGAUGUUCUCUGUUCUUGUGAUAGUAGCAACGAAAUGCGGAUAUGGAAUGUCACUAGACAAACAUGUGUUCAUACUUCUCAGGGAGGUAGUAGACAAGUUAGGUUCCAGCCACAACGUGGGGACCUUUUAGCAUCUGCUUCAGGAAACAUCAUCAAUUUGAUCGAUGUUGAAACAAAUAAAAUCACUUACCAGUUUAAGGGACAUGAUAAAGAUGUACGCUCAUUAUGUUGGGAUAAUGGUGGGACAUAUAUAGCCUCUGUCAGUGAAGACAGUGCAAGAAUAUGGACAAUCAACUUAGGUGGAAGGUGCAUUUAUCACCUGCACUGCACUGGUAAUAAAUAUGAGUCGUGCACCUUUCAUCCUGGGUAUGCUCAAUUAAUGGUGAUUGGAACUAACCAGAGACUGGAACUCUGGAGUCCAACUGAUACCAAUAAAACACAGUCGUAUGAUGCACAUGAUGACAUAAUUGCAGCAUUAGCAGAUUCACCGCAUACAGAAACCAUUGCCUCAGCAAGUCAUGACAAUUGGCUGAAGUUGUGGAAAUGACCUUUAGUUUCUUUGUUUCUUUAUCUUUUCUAGUAUGUGAUCAUAAAUGUGUUUACUGUGGAUAAUACCUAAAGGAGACAGCUUUGUUUACUAGGAUCUGGGUGUAAAUAGAUCCAUUGGUGCUGGUAAGAUCAUCAGGAACAAAAUCUGAAGAGAUAUAGCACCAGGGAGAAGAUCAGUUUAGGCGACAAUAAGGCUGGGAUUUGCCAUGUUUUUGGAGAUAGAACUUCCAUUCUAAGGAUGUAGUAUGCACAUAUAUAAAGUGUAAGUAAUCAACCAAUUUCUCAGCUGUAUGUAAAUGUUACUUGAAUCCA